AUGCUAUCAUCUGUAAUCUGAUUUAGUCAGAGUGUAUCACUCAAAGAAUCGACACAGAGCAUAAAGGUUUCUCCACAGGCGCAUCAGAAUAAGUCCACGUUACUGACAGCCUCCACUUCCAUACAUCAUGGCCGAUGUAAUCAAUCAGCCUGGACCUCCACCUAUGAUUACUGAACCAACUGCACCUCCUGUAGCAUACCAGCCUGCACCUGUGCCGGGACUCAUUCAACCACCUCCACUUUCUGCAGUAUACGAGCCUGAACCUCAACAAACUGUAGUGCUUGAAGCACCUACUACAGUAUACCAGCCUGAACAUCAACCAACUGUCGUGCUUGAAGCACCUACUACAGUAUACCAGCCUGAACAUCAACCAACUGUAGUGCUUGAAGCACCUACUACAGUAUACCAGCCUGAACAUCAACCAACUGUAGUGCUUGAAGCACCUACUACAGUAUACCAGCCUGAACAUCAACCAACUGUAGUGCUUGAAGCACCUACUACAGUAUACCAGCCUGAACAUAAACCAACUGUAGUGCUUGAAGCACCUACUACAGUAUACCAGCCUGAACAUCAACCAACUGUAGUGCUUGAAGCACCUACUGCAGUAUACCAGCCUGAACAUCCACCAACUGUAGUGCUUGAAGCACCUACUGCAGUAUACCAGCCUGAACCUCAACCAACUGUAGUGCUUGAAGCACCUACUACUGUAUACGAGCCUGAACAUCAACCAACUGUAAUAUUUGAAGCACCUUCUGCAGUAUACCAGCCUGAACUUCAACCAACUAUAGUGCUUGAAGCACCUACUACAGUAUACCAGCCUGAACCUCAACCAACUGUAGUGCUUGAAGCACCUACUACAGUAUACCAGCCUGCACCUCAACCAACUGUAGUGCUUGAACCACGUACUGCAGUAUACCAACCUGAACCUCAAGCAACUGUAGUGCUUGAAACACCUACUACAGUAUACCAACCUGAACCUCAACCAACUGUAGUGCUUGAAACACCUACUACUGUAUACGAGCCUGAACCUCAACCAACUGUAAUAUUUGAAGCACCUUCUGCAGUAUACCAGCCUGAACCUCAACCAACUGUAGUGCUUGAAACACCUACUACAGUAUACCAGCCUGAAUCUCAACCAACUGUAGUGCUUGAAGCACCUACUACAGUAUACCAGCCUGAACCUCAACCAACUGUAGUGCUUGAAGCACCUACUACAGUAUACCAGCCUGCACCUCAACCAACUGUAGUGCUUGAACCACCUACUGCAGUAUACCAGCCUGCACCUCAACCAACUGUAGUGCUUGAACCACCUACUGCAGUAUACCAGCCUGCACCUCAACCAACAGUCAUGACGAACGGUCCUGUGGUAAUUCAGGCUCCUAUGAAGUCUUUACCAGCAGCAACGAAGUGUGGUUUCUGCCAGACACAAGUUGUCACAAUACCUGAACCCAUCAAUGGAAGCCUUAUUUGGUUGAUUUUCAGUUUGCUCUGCAUCUUCUGCAUAUGGCCAUUCUGCUUGAUUCCUUUCUGCGUGAAGUCCUGCAAGGAUGUCAGACACAUCUGCCCUAACUGUAGAAACAUCAUCCAUAUCUACAAACGGAUGUAAGAUGUUUCACCUGGAGAACAUCAUAAACACAAAUGAAGACUGUAAAAGAAUUAAUAAUCUUGUUUUUUUCCUGAAUACACUGUGUAAUUAAGAAAUGUAAUUAGUUGUAUCAUUCUUUGGACCUUCAUGUCUUUGGACUGUGGAGGAAACUGGAGCACCUGGAGGAAACCCACGCAGACAUGGGGAGAACAUGCAAACUCCACACAGAAAGGCCCCCAUUGGCCACUGGGCUUGGACCCAGAACCUUUUGGCUGUGAAGCAACAGUGCUAGUCACUAUACCACUAUGCCGCCCUUGUUGAUAUUUUUGUUGAAUAAAUGGUUGGUGUUGUUUUGUUCAAGUAUAUUAUCUUUAUCUGUCAGUGCUGUAUCAAGAAAGUAGAAUAUUUGCUUGUUUAAAUAUGUUGAGAAAAGUCUACAAUUUCUAUGGAAUGCACUUAUUUUUCCACACGACUGUAUGACCUUAUGAACAACUUAUAAAUAUGAGCAUCAGAGUUAUUUCUGAACUCAUUACAGUUUUAAUGUGAAGUCUAUUUUGUUGGCAUUAUCAACUGUUCAAUGAUGGAGACUGGAGUGCAAAACUGUUCAUCGUAAUUGCUGUUGUAAGCCAUCUUCAUGCUUUCUAAUUGCAGUAAUCUCAUCGAUCUUUAGGCUGAACAAGAAGAACACAAAAUGGUUUUGUUACAGAACUGUCAAAACUAUCAACACUGUAAAUCUCCAGCAUUUAAGGUUGGCUGGGCUGUAAUCUCUGUAAUAUCUUCAGGUCAAUGCUGCUAAGUGCCUGUGUAAUAACAUCUCAACC